GACGACCACACCAUCUCUGUGGCUCUCACGAUGGCGCUUGGUGUCGAGGAGAUGCGGCAGGGGAUCGAAUGCCUUGAGAGAAACUGGCGCUGGGCGAAUGCCUUGGCAUUCAGCGCCGGACCGGUGGAGUCGUCGGACGAGUCCAGUAUUUCCACGUCCUCGAGCGUAGGGGUCAUGGAGGGUGCCGAGCACAUCCAUUUUGAGGCCGGGGAGGCUUUGAAGAGGCUGGGCCAAGAGCUACCAUCCGAAAGCCCCAGAUUGGAGCGCAGAUCGCCGGAGGUCGUUUUCAAGGAGAUUGAGGAUUUGGCCUAUCUGGUUGAUCCUGUUCUGGAGACCUCAGAGCAGGUCCAGAAACUGCAAAAGAUUUGGCUUUUAGCUUUGGAGAUCAAAGGUUCCGGUAUGACCAUGUCAAUGUCCUCGUCCCUUAUGACGAGGUCCUUGAUAUCCUCUGAUAUGUCGAUGUCCGUGACCUCCACACGUUCCGCCAGCCCGGCCAGAUCUCACCGUCCACGGCUUGACAUCGCAACUGGGAGCACCGUGGGAGCAAGUCAUUCAGGAGUGAGGCCGUUGCAGGCGAUCCUCUUGCAGCUGAUCAAUGAGUACUACACACGGCUGAGAAACGACCAGUACCGCCACCAGGUUUGCCCGCACUUUCACAACCUCAAGCGAGUGGCUCCCAACCUUGGCCUCGUCCUUUAUUGCCGCGUGUGUGGUGAGAUGAAAGUCGCCAUCGCCUUCAGCGCGUGCAAUCAUUGCGGUGACUGGUGCAUUUGCGGUGGGUGCAACGGGAAAGAGAUUGACGAGACUUAUGUCAGGUUUACCAAGGAGCGAGUGAUGAAUGCGAUUCAGGAUGUCAUGCAAAGCACCCAGAGGUAUCAGCAGGCCACCUUGACCGACACUGAGGUCAGGGAUUUGAAGACCCUUGUGGUCCAUGCCUGCAUUUGUCCCAAUGUGACUGCUGAUGCUUACCGUCGCUUCGUUGGCUAUGUUUUUAUGCUGGGGGAGAGACAUGGCCGCUUGCUAGAGGCCCAAGCAUUUCUCCAGAUGUUGGCGACGGAAAAGGCGGAGUCUCUUCAAAGGUGGGACGAUCAACUUGCCCGCAGAGCCGCGGGCGGGUUGCUGGAUUCGGCAGAGAAGGAGCGAGUAGCAACAGAAAAGCAUCACGAGAUCCUCCAGGAGUUCCUGAGCAAAGCCCAAGAGAUGCUUGGCUCCUCGAGCUCCUCGUCCAGCACCGUGAGUUCCACAGCCCCAGUUUCGGCAUGACGUUGACCGUUCCGGUUCUUCUUCGGCACUGAGAGGAGCUGCGACUGCUAGAGGCACUAUUGGUCGGUGAGCCUCCAGGGACGGAGCCGAGUUGGUGAACAUGUGUCUCUUUGCUCGCUGGAUGGGACCAAGGAAGCAGCCAUUUUUGGCAGUGAGUUGGUGGAGCCGGAUGAGUCCGGAUCCUCUUUUUAACGGGGCCCUGGGCAUCCCAGGGGACCCUUGAUGACCCAUGUCACCUCGGUGGAAGCGAAGUGGAUUGAACAGCAGUCGACUGGCUGCCUUGGCUUUCAUGGGACAUAUCG